AUGGACGAUGAUCACAUCAGAUUGUUGCUGGAAGAAUUAAGUUCUAGCUCAAGCUAUGAAGACGAAAAUGACAGUGAGGUGGAAGAUAACGUGGAGGUACAAGAAGAGACAUAUGAUACCGAGCAAGACGAUGACAAUGACGAGAUAUCUGAGGAAGAACAUAAUGAACGAUCCCAUGAUUUUUACUUAGGAAAAGAUGGACAGACAAGGUGGAAUAAAUCUCCUGCCUCAAACCCAACUAGGCGACGUGCUAGAAAUAUAGUUACUCAACUUCCAGGCGCUAGAGGAGAAGCUAGAAAUUUGAAGGAACCAGGUGAGCUGUGGCGGCUUUUUUUUUCGGAGGGCACUAUCAGCCUGAUAGUAAAGUACACUAAUGAACAAAUUAAUCGCAUGAAGCAUAAUUUCACAAGAGAGAGAGACUGCGCCGAUACAGACAAUAUUGAAAUUGAAGCUUUUUUAGGCCUUUUACUAUUUGCUGGAGUCAGAAGGAACGCUCGUCUAAAUGCCAAAGAUUUUUUCAGAACUGACGGGUCAUCCCCGGAGAUAUUUCGUUUGACUAUGGGAUUAUCCAGGUUCUUUCUAUUGAUGCGUUGUCUCAGAUUUGACAGUAAAGAUACACGAGAAGAGAGAAUACAACUGGAUAAACUGGCACCUAUUAGAGAGUUGUUUGAUAUAGUUGUGGGAACGUUCAAAAAAUAUUACAGCGUGUCUCAGUAUGUUACAAUUGACGAGAAGUUAGAGGCUUUUAGAGGACGUUGUAACUUUCGCCAGUACAUUCCAUCAAAACCCAACAAAUACGGAAUCAAAAUUUAUGCGUUGACAGAUGCCAAAAUGUUUUAUACCCAUACCAUGGAAGUUUAUGUUGGGAAGCAACCAGACGGUCCAUACCAAGUUGAUAACUCCGCUUUGGCUUUGGUUUUGCGAUUGAGUGAAAAUAUUCACAAUACUGGGCGUAAUAUCACAUGUGAUAACUUCUUCACUAGUAUUCCAUUGAUAGAUAAGCUUGAGUCUCAACACAAAUUGACAGUUAUUGGGACAAUUCGUAAAAACAAACGAGAAUUGCCUAAAAAUUUCACGGAAAUACGAGGAAGAGCCGAAAAAUCUAGUUUAUUCGGGCACCGUGGCAAUUGCAGUCUUGGCGGAUACCUGGCCCUGGAUGCGGGCUUGUUAGUGUCGGCGGCCGUGGCGGUGGUACCGUCGGUGGCACCGGCAACAUUGGAGGUUGGAGGGCUCGCUGACGGCGGAGUGGUGCGGGGCCGUGGAGUCGGCGCAUCCGCAUUUGCUGUCGGUGAGCGGGUGGCCGGGAUGGGUUUGGAUCCCGUAGGCGGUGACGCAGCCAUGACUGCGUAUGAGACCUCCAUCUCUAUGCAUGGCGAAACCUUGCAUGGAGACGUAAAGGCCGGCGGGCGGGGGGGGGUCUUGGGUGGCGAUAUAAAUCGCUCAGCGGGGUAG